GGAAUGUUCUAGACUUUAGUGUAAAUAUUGUUUCAAGAAAAAGAAUAAGAGUGCAGAGUCGAUCCAGUUAUCACUUACCACAGCAAACACUCUAGAGUUCUAAGCAAUGGCGAUUAUCUCCGAUUUCAACGAAGAGGAGCCGAAACCCGCUCACUCUUCACCACCGCAACCCCAAUCCUCUUCUUCUUCGUCUUCGUUCAGUGCUACUUUUGACCGGUCAAAUCCCAUCGCUUUCCUGGAGAGAGUCUUCGAAUUCGUCUCCGAACAGAGCGACUUUCUGGCGACGCAGAGCGCCGAGAAGGAGAUAGUGUCGCUGGUGCACGCCGCCGGGAAGAAGAAGAGAGAGCUUCUCAAGGCGGAGAGAGAAAAUGCCGAUAAGAAGAAGAGAGAGGACCUCAAGGUCACGGAGGAGAGACAAAAGGUGGAGAAGAGAUUGAAUGAAGAGAAGGAACUCAAAGCCGAAGACACCAACAAAAACGAAAGCGCCUCCAGAGUUCCAAACAAAGGUAAUGGCUUGGAUCUGGAGAAAUACUCUUGGACUCAGUCGCUUCAAGAGGUUAAUGUGAAUGUUCCGGUGCCAAAUGGAACCAAAUCGAGAUUUGUUACCGUUGAGAUAAAGAAGAACCAUCUAAAAGUUGGACUCAAAGGCCAGCCUCCAAUUAUUGAGGGGGAGUUUCAUAAGUCUGUCAAGCCUGAUGAUUGCUAUUGGAGUAUAGAGGAUCAGAAUUCAAUUUCUAUUCUUUUGACCAAGCAUGAUCAAAUGGAAUGGUGGAAAUGUCUAGUGAAAGGUGAUCCUGAAAUUGAUACCCAAAAGGUUGAACCUGAAAACAGCAAACUUGGUGACCUGGAUCCUGAGACUCGACAGACUGUUGAAAAAAUGAUGUUUGACCAGAGGCAGAAGUCUAUGGGCCUCCCUACCAGUGAAGAGCUCCAGAAGCAGGAAAUGUUGAAGAAAUUUAUGUCUGAGCAUCCGGAGAUGGACUUUUCAAGGGCUAAAAUAUCAUAAAUGGUGCAUUACUAUUGACAUCCUUUUUUGGGUCUGACCUUAUUGCUUGCAGGCUGGUCCAGCUAUUAUUAUACUAUAGUGUUUACCUUUGGUCUCAGUUUAGUAUGGUGUUAUCUCUUUUUGGGUUGUGAAACGCAAUGAACUUUGUUCAUAGUAGUUUCUUUUUUGGAUAGAGAAUUUGCAGUCAGAUAUAUAUUGGAAACGACCUUUAUUGCAUACAGGUUGGUCCAGCUCUUCUUAUACUUACUGGUGUUACCUUUGAUCGCGGUUUAUCUUGUUAACACUUUGAUUGUGAACACGGUGAAACUGUGUUCAUAAUAGUUUAUAUUUUGGAUUGGGAAUUUGCGGCUAGAUGUAUUUUCAACUA